AUGCCGACCCGCGCACCGGUCGGGGGAGGACGCCCUGGAGGACCGUCAUGGAUGCUUCAGCCCAGCAAGGCCCCGAAUGACAACUAUACUUUUGGUAACAUUAUCGCCGUCUCGCCUCUGGAUAUCCCGCCAACCCGCGAUGGUACCGACCUUUACCUCCUAAUCAAUGAUCUCUAUGUCUUCUCCGCACGCCCUCUUGACGGAUUUCCCCCCGGAUGCAUCGGCAUGUCGGACCCACAAAGAACAUGGGCGCGUGUUGGACUGAGAGAUACCGUCAAAGUCGAACUGUAUGAUCAAUUCAGCCAAGGUGGACAAGCAUAUUUGGGGUCGGCCGACAUUGAAGUCAGCUUUGCGUCCGCAAGAAAGCGCACGGAAGUCCCAUAUGAUCAAGAUGAUCUGGCGAAGGCAGUUAUUCAAAAUUUCCAAAACCAAUUGUUUGCGCCCGAGCAAAGAUUCCUCAUGGACAACAAGAGCAUCCCUCUUCUACUGAGUAUCAAAACCGUUCAACGUGUCGAUUGGUCUGAGAAGGUCGAUCUGAACUCUGGAAAGAUCGAGACGGACCCCAUCGCACGCGGAUUGCUUACGCCGCAAACCCAGCUCAAUUUCUACCGAGAUGCGCAGACUGGGCUCAACUUGAAGGCCUCCAACCGCCGCCCAGCUGCGAACUCGAUCAUUCAGCCCGGGUUCAAGUUUGAAGACAUGGGAAUUGGUGGUCUCGAUUCCGAGUUCAGCACCAUCUUCCGUCGAGCCUUUGCGUCUCGCAUUUUUCCUCCCGGGUUGGUUGAGAAACUUGGUAUUCAUCACGUUAAGGGUCUUUUGCUCUAUGGACCUCCCGGUACCGGCAAAACCUUGAUCGCACGACAGAUUGGUAAGAUGUUGAAUGCCAGAGAACCGAAAAUCAUCAACGGUCCUGAAGUUUUGAAUAAAUACGUCGGUCAAUCCGAAGAAAACAUCCGAAAGAUGUUCGCAGACGCCGAGAAGGAAUACAAGGAGAAAGGCGAUGAGAGUGGACUGCAUAUCAUCAUUUUCGACGAGUUGGAUGCGGUUUGCAAGCAACGUGGCAGUGGCGGAGGUGGUGGCACCGGUGUGGGCGAUAGUGUUGUUAACCAACUGCUGUCAAAGCUCGAUGGUGUUGACCAACUUAACAACAUCUUGCUGAUUGGUAUGACCAAUCGUAUGGACAUGAUCGACGAGGCUCUGCUACGUCCUGGACGUCUAGAGGUCCACAUGGAAAUCUCUCUGCCCGAUGAGCAGGGCCGAAGCCAGAUCCUCAAGAUCCACACCGAGAAGAUGCGUACCAACAAUGUCAUGGAUACUGAUGUCAAUCUUGGGGAGCUUGCCCACCUGACCAAGAACUUUUCUGGUGCUGAAAUCGCUGGUUUGGUCAAGUCCGCGUCUUCUUUUGCAUUCUCCCGUCAUGUUAAAGUUGGCACUAUGGCAAGUAUCAACGAUGAUGUCGUCAAUAUGAAAGUGAACCGGGCCGAUUUCCACAAAGCUCUUGAUGAGGUCAAGCCUGCCUUUGGUGUUUCCGAGGAGGAGCUUUCAAGCCGCAUCCAAUAUGGCAUGAUUCAUUACUCCGAGACUAUCAAGGAGAUUAUGCGCGAGGGUGAGCUGUUCGUCAAGCAGGUCAGUAGCCAGGAAGAGUCCACUCCACUCUUCUCGGUAUUGUUGCACGGCCCUACUGGAAGCGGCAAGACCGCUCUGGCAUCGAAGAUAGCGAUCAACUCUGGAUUCCCCUUCGUCAAAUUGAUCAGCCCUGAAGACAUGGUUGGCUUCAGCGAACCGGCCAAGGUGGCGCACAUUAGUCGCAUCUUUGACAGUGCCUACAAGAGUCGUACCAGUAUCGUCGUUGUUGACAACAUCGAACGAAUUAUCGACUGGGUACCUAUCGGCCCUCGCUUCAGUAACAGCGUGCUCCAGGCGUUGAUGGUCUUCCUUCGAAAGCAGCCCACUCAUGGACGGCGCCUGUUGAUUCUGGCCACGACCACCGAGCGUGCUUUGAUGAAGCAGCUUGAUAUCUACAACUCUUUCAACUCGGACAUCAUGGUUCCCAAUGUGCAGACCUUUGCCGAGCUGCGAUUCGUCAUGGAGGAAUCUAAAGCCUUCGAUGCCCAAGAGAUCGCCCGGGCACUAGAUGGUAUCGGUGGCUUAACGGAUGAAAGCCGUAUCAGCGUCGGUAUCAAGAAGGUCCUUCUCGGAAUCGAAACAGCCAAGCAGGAUACAGAUAAGGUCGGCCGCUUUGUGCGUGUCAUCAACAGGGCCAUUGAGGAGGAGCAGUCCUUUUCUUAG